GCCGCUGGGGGGCAGCCUCCGCCCGGCCCUGGCGGAGCCUCCGCGGGCGCGCAAGCCCGUGAUGUCAGGGGGCGGGGAGGAGGCGGCUCUGCGGUUGCAUGUGUGUGUGCGAGCGUGUGUGAGCGUGAGUGUGUGUGACACGGGGUGGCGGUGUGACGGCGGGGCGUCGUCAUCUGCAUUCACAUGGGGGAGGCGGGGGCCUCCGCUUGAAGCCCCCCCCCCCCCAAAAUCAUCCCCCCCAUCAUCAUCAUCAUCAUCAUCAUCUCCGCGGCCAUGACUUCGGCCGAGCAGACCGUUACGUGGCUGAUCGCCCUGGGCGUGCUGGAGUCGCCCAAGAAGACGGUGGCCGACCCCGAGGCUUUCCUGCAGUCCUCCCUGAAGGACGGCGUGGUGCUCUGCCGCCUCCUCGAGCGCCUGCUGCCGGGCUCCAUCGAGAAAGUGUUCCCGGAGCCGCGCACGGAGGCCGAGUGCCUGAGCAACAUCCGCGAGUUCCUGCGGGGCUGCGGCGCCUCCCUCCGCCUGGAGACUUUUGAUGCAAAUGAUCUCUAUCAGGGACAGAACUUCAGCAAAGUUCUCAGCUCUCUAGUCGCAUUAAACAAGGUGACUGCAGACAUAGGGCUGGGCAGCGACUCUGUAUGUGCACGUCCCUCAUCUCAUCGGAUAAAGUCUUUUGAUUCUCUGGGAUCGCAGUCUUUACACAGUAGAACUUCAAAGCUCUUUCAGGGACAAUAUCGGAGUCUGGACAUGACAGAUAACAGCAACCAUCAGUUGGUGGUGAGAGCAAAAUUUAAUUUUCAACAGACAAAUGAAGAUGAACUUUCUAUUUCAAAAGGCGAUAUUAUUCACGUUACAAGAGUGGAAGAAGGAGGCUGGUGGGAAGGAACUCUGAAUGGCAAAACAGGGUGGUUUCCAAGUAAUUACGUACGAGAAAUAAAAUCCAAUGAAAAGCCAGUCUCCCCCAAAUCAGGUACGUUGAAGAGUCCACCUAAAGGCUUCGAUACGUCUGCAAUCAACAAAAGCUAUUACAAUGUGGUGCUACAAAAUAUAUUAGAAACAGAAAACGAAUACGCUAAGGAGCUACAGACAAUGCUUUCAAACUACCUGCGACCAUUACAAGCUAGUGAAAAGUUAAACUCAGCAAACACUUCAUACUUAAUGGGAAACCUGGAAGAAAUAAGUUCUUUCCAACAAAUGCUUGUACAGUCUUUAGAAGAAUGCACCAAGUUGCCUGAAGCUCAGCAGAGGGUUGGAGGAUGUUUUCUAAAUUUGAUGCCACAAAUGAAAAGCUUAUACCUUGCAUACUGUGCCAAUCAUCCAUCAGCAGUAAAUGUUCUCACAGAACACAGUGAGGAGCUAGGAGAAUUCAUGGAGAUGAAAGGUGCCAACAGCCCUGGGAUCCUUGUACUGACCACAGGCCUCAGCAAACCUUUUAUGCGUCUGGAUAAAUACCCCACGUUACUCAAAGAACUUGAAAGGCACAUGGAGGAUUAUCAUCCGGAUCGUCCAGAUAUUCAAAAAUCCAUGACUGCCUUCAAAAAUCUUUCUGCACAGUGUCAAGAAGUACGGAAACGGAAAGAACUUGAACUACAAAUACUAACAGAAGCAAUCCGCUGUUGGGAGGGAGAAGAUAUUAAAACACUUGGCAAUGUAAUUUACAUGUCCCAGGUCAUGAUUCAGUGUGCUGGAAGUGAGGAAAAGAAUGAAAGGUAUCUUCUUCUCUUCCCUAACAUAUUGCUAAUGUUGUCUGCCAGCCCGAGAAUGAGUGGGUUUAUCUAUCAGGGAAAACUGCCAAUGACCGGAAUGACUAUCACAAAGCUAGAAGACAGUGAAAACCAUAAAAAUGCAUUUGAAAUAUCAGGAAAUAUGAUUGAAAGGAUACUAGUGUCAUGUAACAACCAACAAGAUUUGCAUGAGUGGGUGGAUCAUCUGCAGAAGCAAACCAAAGUCACAACUGUUGGGAAUCCCACCAUUAAACCUCAUUCCGUGCCAUCUCACACACUUCCUUCCCAUCCAGUAACGCCUUCCAGCAAGCAUUCAGAUAGCAAGCCGAUACCACUGACUCCUGCAUACCACACUCUCCCUCAUCCGUCGCAUCAUGGGACUCCACAUACCACGAUAAACUGGGGACCUCUGGAACCUCCGAAAACUCCCAAGCCUUGGAGUCUGAGCUGUUUACGGCCUGCACCUCCAUUAAGGCCUUCAGCAGCACUUUGUUAUAAAGAGGAUCUCAGUAAAAGCCCUAAAACCAUGAAAAAGCUGCUUCCCAAACGCAAGCCAGAACGGAAGCCAUCAGAUGAAGAGUUUGCACUGAGAAAAAGUACAGCUGCUUUAGAAGAAGAUGCUCAAAUUCUUAAAGUCAUUGAAGCAUAUUGCACAAGUGCCAAAACACGUCAAACACUAAAUUCAAGUUCCCGCAAAGAAUCAGCUCCUCAAGUCCUGCUUCCAGAAGAAGAAAAAAUUAUUGUAGAAGAAACUAAAAGUAAUGGUCAGACUGUUAUAGAAGAGAAAAGCCUUGUGGACACAGUAUAUGCAUUAAAGGAUGAAGUUCAGGAGUUAAGACAGGAUAACAAAAAGAUGAAGAAAUCAUUAGAAGAAGAACAAAGAGCUCGCAAGGACUUGGAGAAGCUUGUUAGAAAAGUACUAAAGAACAUGAACGAUCCGUCUUGGGAUGAAACCAAUUUAUAACCAUUUUUUUCUUUUUUUUCUUUCUAUUGAAAGACCAGUUGUAAAACUGAGCUGGGAAGCCUUCUGACAUUAGUCAGUGUUGCAUCAAGAGCACUACAAAACAGGAUUUAACUGGAUCUAGUGAUUUCUUGCUCUGAACAUAUAGAAACAGCCAAGCCAUUUACUGAAGCAAUCUGUACUUUAAGUGUGGAGACUCUGGAUCCUGAACUCUACUAAACUUAAUUUGUUUGCAUCUAAAUUACCUCAUUUUGCAGAAGGUGCAGCACCUGACUAAAAGUCCAUGUUUUUCAGUGGCUUUUUAAUUAAAUAUAUAUUUUUCUUGUAAAUAUCUGUAAUUUUGAAUGCAUAUGUGGUUGGUAUAUCAGGGCUGAUAUGUUUUUUUUUCUCGUUCUUACAAUGCUCACAAGUGUUAGAAAUAAUGGCAGUACUGUCUUACCUGAGGAGGGUCAGAGUUCUUUGUGGAUAAUUAUGGAUUUGCUCCAAAUUACCCGCUCAUCACACAUGCAAAUUUUGAAAGUUGUUUUUCCUAUUGACCAGUGUAUUUAAAUCCUUUACUGUUAUUUAUGUCUGCACAUACAUUUUAAAACAGUUUACAAUUGUUUAAAAACAGUAUUAAACUACAGAAAAUUGUUUGACAGUAGAAACAAUUUUUAACAGUACUAAUGCCCGUGACUUACAUUCAUGUACACUUAUUUGGCAGACUAAUCUAUUGUGCUUUGGCCACCAGAAGACUGAUGUACUUGCCUGCUUUUUAUGACUGUGAUUUUUAGGUGUUUAUGUACUACAUUUUCUAUUGUUGAGCUUAAACAUACAGCUGGCUGAUAAUUUAAUGGAUCAUGCAGUUUGUUAAAGCAAAAAAAUCAAUCUAAUCCAGAAUUUUGUGAAUAAAUUGUUGCUAUUUAUUUUUUAUGGUCACAACAAUUAAAUUCUAGCUAACCUUUUUUUUUUUGCAUAAGAUGCAUGAGCUAGGCCAAAUUCAUUCAGAGCUUUGUUUUUAUACCACUAUAUAAGACUUUGUUUGGAAUUCCCAGACUGUGGAAGCAGAGUCAUUCCUUUCCCAUCCUGUUUUCUCAGCAUACUGCUGGUUUCUGUACUACUAAGAUUUAAAUGGAAACAAAUCUGGAAAUUAGAAUUUUUUCAUCAUGCUGUAAUUCAUAAUUUGCAUUGCUGGCAAAUUUGAAAAACACUAUCAUGAACGUGAUUGAAAACUUUUACUCCCUAGUCUGAAAGGUUCAAUUACUGCAAUCCUUUCCUGUAUUUAAAAUAGGAGAUGCUAUGUUAUUGCAAAUGCUGAGCUUCGGUUGGAGCACUUGAAACACUAAGCCCAUUCAAGCUCAUUUGUCAGGGUCCCUUGAUUUCAUCAAACUUUGGAUCAAACUAUAGGUGGUGCAAUUUUCUGAGGGGUUUUUCUUCACUUGACAGUCAGAAGUGUAGGUAUAGCAACAGACCCAGGUCACGCCUUUUGCCCUUCUUGAUUUUCUAGUGUCCUUUAACUCUUUUUAAAUAUAAUGUUUGGAACUAAGCAAAUGUUUAUAUAAACUUUAAUGAGUUGGUGCAAGAAUGAUUAGGGUGGUAAGAAUUGUGCACAUUUGAAUCUAAUGAAGAAUAUUUUUAAAGCUGUUCUUAGCUGAGAAAUGUGGAUAGCUUUUUUUAAUAGGAAAGAACAUAAAUGAUUACAUUACAGACUUGAGAAACAGUUCUGUGAGAAUAGGUACUUAAUCUGAAUAGACAAUUAAUUGUCUGAUUUUAAAAGCUGAUUAUAUUUGUAGGUAUUUUAAUUUGUGUUCCUACAAUUUAAAAAUGUCCUCCUUUAACUGUAAAGGAGCAGACUGGGUAAGAAAACUUAAGAAUGUCUACAGUAUCUAGCUACAUACACUCACAGAACUUUAAGUUUAUGACAAUUCUUGAUACCAAAAUCUUUUCCUUUUGUUUGCAGUUGCACAAGAAUGUUGACUGACAUCCGUAAAUCUUCAUAUUUUUAAAAAAUGCUCUUGCUAAAAGCUAAGUGAUACUAAGCUGUGCAAAUUCAUGGCACAUUGGCUAAAUUUAGAAUUGACAACGCCAAUAUAAUUAAAGUUUCUCUAACACUUCUACUUCCUGACACUAAGGCUAUUCUUAGAGUGCAUUUUACCUGUCAAUUGAGCAUAUGUAAAAGGACAUUCCAGAGGAAGAAGUGUAGAAGAAAAACAUGAAUCUUAGCAGUAUUUAGCAAAUUUUAACUCAGGAACAACUUCCAUCAUAACAUGGCUUUGUUUUACAUUAUAUUGUAAAGAGUAGCGUUGCUGUGUAAAUUUGCUGACACUUAGUACCUGUGAUUAUAAUCAUUUCUGACAGUACCCCUAUACUGAUACCUAAUGAACAUGCCUUAAACACUGGGAUCAAGCAGUUGUUAAAUAUGACCAGGACUUAGGGACUGAUUUUAUUCAAGGUGGAUUUGGAUGAUUUUUUUUUUUU